CGCACCUACCCCGGGCCAGGGUAACCUGUGGGGAGUCCUGGGGUUCUGAGGGGCUAGGGAACGGCCAGGGCCGGCUCGAGGGUCUUUCCGGGGGACCAGGCUGCUGAGGCGCCUGCAUGCGGCCCUAGGGACCUGAGGGGGCAUUGAGGAGCAUGUAGGUCUGAAGGGAAACCAGGGGCUCCUGCCUGUGAUGGGGCCCUGCGGGAACUGGGGAUGCUCAGGGGUCGCGGAGGCAGAGAGGGCCUGAGCAGGGGCCAAGCGCAGUCUUGAGGUUGUUAAGGCUCUCCUGGGGACUCUGAGGAGGAGACUGAGGGGAGCUUGGAGGGGCUGAGGCACAAGGCUUCCUGGGGGAGUGCUGAAAGACCCUCAGGUGUCUAAAGGUGGUCCUGGUUCUGAAGGCAAACCUGGGAGGGAUGAGGGCUGUGGGAGGCUAGGGAUAGGGGGCUCAAAUGAACCUGAAGGCCUGAAAGAGGCCUAAGGGGCCUGGGAGAACCUGAGAGAGGCUGAGGGGUCCUGGGGGUCCCAGUGAGUCCUUAUGGGCAGGGAGGGGUCUGAGGGACCUGGGGGAUUGCAGGGGUUCUGAGAGGCUAGAGUGGGUCUUUGAGAGCCUGAGGAUGGUGAGAGAGCCCUGAGGUUCUAAAGAAAAUACAGGGAGGAUCUAUCCUUGGGGCUUCUCCCUACCAUCCCCGUGGGAUCAGAUUCCCCCUCCUCAGGCUAAAGAACUUGAGGCAAUGUCUGCCCCUCAGACCAAGGAGCCAGAACUCACCCCCACUUUGGUCAGAGGGAGGCCCUCUUUCCCUUUGGCUAAGUCCUGAGACUGGUUGCUUGAACACCAGAUUGGCAUAAAGAGUGUAGGUCUUUGUAUGUGUUGUUCUGAGUUCUCCGAGGGGAAGAACACCUGCUUUAGGGAGCACGCCCUCCCUCCUCCUUCCCAUUGUAGAACGCCAGCGUGGCCCAGACCCACCCCUCUCAGCCUCCCAGCACAGCCCGCCACCCUUGGAUGGCCAAGGAGGAAAUUUGCCUGGCCGACAAGAACGGAGCCCUCAAGUGCACCUUCUCAGCCCCCAGCCACAGCACCAGCCUCCUGCAGGGCCUGGCCGCUCUCCGCGCCCAGGGCCAGCUCCUGGACGUUGUGCUCACCAUAAACAGAGAGACCUUCCCCGCACACAAGGUUGUCCUGGCCGCCUGCAGCGACUACUUCAGGGCCAUGUUCACGGGUGGUAUGAGGGAAGCGAGCCAGGACAUCAUCGAGCUGAAGGGUGUGUCAGCCCGUGGCCUGCGGCACAUCAUUGACUUCGCCUACAGUGCCGAGGUGACUCUGGACCUGGACUGCGUGCAGGACGUGCUGGGCGCUGCGGUGUUCCUGCAGAUGCUGCCCGUGGUGGAGCUGUGUGAGGAGUUCCUCAAGGCUGCCAUGAGCGUGGAGACCUGCCUCAACAUCGGCCACAUGGCCACCACCUUCAGCCUGGCCUCACUCAAGGAGUCGGUGGACGCCUUCACUUUCCGGCACUUCCUACAGAUCGCCGAGGAGGAGGACUUCCUGCACCUGCCACUGGAGCGCCUCGUCUUCUUCCUGCAGAGCAACCGGCUGCAGAGCUGCGCCGAGAUCGACCUGUUCCGUGCUGCCGUCCGCUGGCUGCAGCACGACCCGGCCCGGCGGCCGCGCGCCAGCCACGUGCUCUGCCACAUCCGCUUCCCACUCAUGCGGUCGUCGGACCUGGUGGAUAGUGUGCAGACGCUGGACAUCAUGGUGGAGGACGUGCUCUGUCGCCAGUAUCUGCUGGAGGCCUUCAACUACCAGGUGCUACCCUUCCGGCAGCAUGAAAUGCAGUCUCCGCGCACGGUUGUGCGCUCGGAUGUGCCCUCGCUGGUUGCCUUUGGCGGCACGCCCUACACUGACAGCGACCGCUCUGUCAGCAGCAAGGUGUACCAGCUGCCUGAGCCCGGUGCUCGCCACUUCCGCGAGCUCACGGAGAUGGAGGUGGGCUGCAGCCACACAUGCGUGGCCGUGCUGGACAACUUCGUAUAUGUGGCUGGGGGCCAACACCUGCAGUAUCGCAGCGGCGAGGGUGCAGUGGACGCCUGCUACCGUUACGACCCCCACCUGAACCGCUGGCUGCGCCUGCAGGCCAUGCAGGAAAGCCGCAUCCAGUUCCAGCUGAAUGUGCUGUGUGGCAUGGUGUAUGCCACGGGCGGGCGCAACCGAGCUGGCAGCCUGGCCUCGGUCGAGAGGUACUGUCCACGGCGCAACGAGUGGGGCUAUGCCUGCUCACUAAAGCGCCGCACCUGGGGCCACGCGGGCGCCGCUGCCGGGGGCCGCCUCUACAUCUCAGGUGGCUAUGGCAUCUCGGUGGAGGAUAAGAAGGCCCUGCACUGCUAUGACCCGGUGGCCGACCAGUGGGAGUUCAAGGCGCCCAUGAGCGAGCCCCGUGUGCUCCAUGCCAUGGUGGGCGCCGCUGGCCGCAUCUACGCCCUUGGGGGUCGCAUGGACCACGUUGACCGCUGCUUCGAUGUGCUGGCCGUGGAGUACUACAUGCCUGAGACGGACCAGUGGACCAGUGUGAGCCCCAUGCGGGCUGGCCAGUCAGAGGCUGGCUGCUGCCUGCUGGACAGGAAGAUCUACAUCGUUGGGGGCUACAACUGGCGCCUCAACAACGUGACAGGCAUUGUGCAGGUCUACAACACUGAGACAGAUGAGUGGGAGCGCGACCUGCACUUCCCGGAGUCCUUUGCAGGCAUCGCCUGUGCCCCCGUCCUGCUGCCUCGGGCGGGGACCAGGAGGUAGCUCCCGGGGCCCCUGGCAUGGCCUCUGCUGUCUCUGCGAGAGGCUUAAUGAGCACAUGUCUGGGCGAGAACCAUGGAUGUCUUCUCCCCCGGGUUGGCCUCGUGGGGCCUGCCUGUUGAUAAGGUCCCUCUUUCCUUCCUGAAGCAGAUCUUGGCUCAGUGCCCGCUGAGGCUGUCUGCCAGCAAUGAGGCCAGUGUGUUGUGGCAGCAAAUUCGCACCCGAGGCGGUUUCCUGGCUGUGCGUUGUCCUUGCUCCUGGGGAAAUUGGGGCUCCUUAGGGUGGUGUUAUGUGGCUUUGCCCCGCUUCUCUCCCCUCCCACAGCCUGGCUGUCUUAGACAUUCAGAUGUGAGCUCAUUAACACGACCUCAAAUCCGUGGUAUGCAACUCGCCUCACUCCAGGUUUAUGCGCCUGUAUUUUUUCAAAUAAACGCACCCCAAAUCUCUGUAACAUAUGGACCUCUGGGAGUGGAGAGGGGGCUCAGAAGCUCCCACGUGCUCCAUAAGCCUGAGCUGCUGGGGUGAGAGGGGCCCCAGAAGAGGGUCCGCACGCUUCUCCAUUUCUAUCCUUGGUCCUCACACCUUCAGGAUGUUCCCUUGUCUACUUUCAGGAGCAAAAACACAGCCAGCUCUCAGCUGACAGGCCCCGGGCCUUCCAUUUGGCACUGGGCGUCUCAUGGGCCCUUCAUGAAGACUGGGCCAAUGCCCCUGUCCCUGUCCCUGGGCCACAGUUGAAGGGGAUGCCAGCUUCAGAAUCUCGCAGUGCAUCUGCAUUCCACAGGUCUGUCCAGUGACUUUUAUUUCUUGCCAUCUGUGCAGCCCUCUGUUCCCCCAUCACCCUGUGUUCAGGUUGACGAGCCACUGGGCCUGUGCCCACCCGGCGUGGGAAGUCAGGCGGGCCGUGAGGCCUCUCACUUCAAGGGCUUCAAGGCAUUUCCAGCUCCAUUUGUUUUGGUUCUGUUUUGCUUUUUUUUAAGAGGCCAGCACCACUAUCUUAUAGAUGGGAUUUGUACCCUUGGGACAACUUAAAGUGUCUCUUCUGCUGCUAAUGGACGAUUGAUGUCGUGUCUCUGUGACCCACUUGCCGUGUAAAGAAUUAACCUCGUACCUUAGCAGACGUCGUCUCCUAAUAUUUUCUUUUUAUUUAAUAAAAAUAUUAUGGUGAAAAGAUGAA